AUGGGGAAGAAAUCAAGCAGCUGGCUCAAAUCAAUGAAAAGGGCCUUCAAAUCCCCCUCCAAAGACUGCUCUCAUAACCAAAUGGAGUGGUCUGUGAAUCAUGUGGAGCAGGAGGAGGAGGAGGAGAUGCCGGAGAUUGUGUCGGUCGAGCAUUUUCCGGCGGAUACGUCCGUGGACGGGGAUGGGGACGAUGAGGUUCCAGAGACACGCCGAGGCGUGAGCCAGCCGGCAACUGCAGCAGCUGCCGGAGGCUGCCGGUUGCUGGCAUCCGCAGCUGCGGCGAAGGUGCGUGAGACUGGCCUGGGUAUGAAGAGAUGUCGAGGCGAGGCAGAAGGCUGCGUUGUAAUUCAGUCGUACUACAGAGGAUAUCUGGCCCGGAUAGCACUACGUGCACUGAGAGGUUUGGUUCGACUUCAGGCGCUUGUGAGAGGACACAUUGUCCGGAAACAAGCUCAGAUGACCAUGCGCUGUAUGCAAGCUCUCGUGCGCGUCCAGGCUCGUGUCCGAGCUCGGCGCCUCAGCAUAAUACACAAUAACAAUCACAGAGUCAAUCUUCCCACUAGUUAUAAACACAGUUACCGCAAGAAUGAUGCUUAUUCUAUCAAAGAAGGCGAUAUUGAUAAUGACUAUGAUGAGUAUGAUGAUGGAGGAGUUCAUUCACAUCGUAGCAACAAGAGCCCCUAUUACAAAGACAAGCAAAGCAUAAUGAUGGAGAGCCAGAUGAGAAGUGAUGAUGCUAUGGACCGUGAAAGAGCUCUCGCCUAUGCCUUUUCCUGUCAGUUGCAGGAUCGUCCUCAAUGGGGAUGGAAUUGGCUUGAGCGCUGGAUGUCAAAUCAACAACUGCAAACACCUCAAGAAAGCAUGCUGCUGCAGCCCGAGAGUGCAUACAUAACGCCCACCAACACUGUCGACAACCUGUCAGAAAAAACAGUGGAAAUCGACACUGGGCGAAGCACAACAGACCCAAAGAAUUACCUGAAACGUCAGUUUUCUCACUACCAAGGAGAUGAGAGAUCAGUAGGAGUUCGAGCAGUUCCAAGCUACAUGGCAGCGACACAAUCAGCCAAGGCUAAGGCUCGGGCUCAAGGGAAAUUCGGUGGUCAGAGCCCGUUGCAGGCGGGUAGAAGGUUGCAGGUCCAGACGACUAAACGAAAUACAGGUUACAGUCCGGAUUCGAGCUGUGCAGGGGAUGAUCAAACACCGCCAUUUAGAGUGCAGAUGGGAAAGAAAGAGCAUGUAAUAUGAUGAGGGUGAUUAUGAUGAAUUAGGAAUUGUGUUGUCUGAUUUGGGUUAUUAUGAUUAUUGAUGCUUCUUUUCAUUAAUUGUGAAGGAGAGGACAAAGAAUUGAAAAUACAUGUGGACGUUAUAGUUAUGUAAUUUAAUGCACUAGUAUGUAAGUUGGUUUGAGUA